AUGGAUUCUCAAGCUUUCUCCAUGGUCCUGUUUUUUCUCAGUCGAUCCUUUUCUUUCUGUCCGUCCGUUCCUCCCUAAAUUCUCAUCACCAUACCCUAACCCUAGAGAUAUUCUUAAGAGAUUUGAUUACUGUAUAUUUGCAGCAGGACUUUGAAGAGAGAGGGUGGUUGGGAGAGAGAGAGAGACAUGGAGACACAGUUCAGUCACACUCUCUUCGACAGGCAUCCUAUAAUCAAGUCUAAGACUCCCGCCGUUAAAUGGGUUAAAGAAUGGGUUCCCCAGGAUGUUGUUGCCACUGGUGGGAAGUGCAUGCUUUUCAGAUGGGUAAGAGAGGAUUCCUUAAAGUCCUUGAAGGAUAAGGAAAAAGAACCAUCAGUGCCUGAGCCAGAACCAGAGCCAACUACUGAAGUGCUUUUUCUCUGUAGCUAUGACGGCUGUGGGAAAACUUUUAUAGAUGCUGGAGCUUUGAGAAAGCAUUCUCACAUCCAUGGAGAAAGGCAAUUUGUUUGUCACUAUGAGGGUUGUGGAAAGAAAUUUUUGGAUAGUUCAAAGCUGAAAAGACAUUUUCUCAUCCAUACAGGCGAAAGGGCUUAUGUAUGUCCCAUUGAAGGCUGUGGUAAGGCCUUCUCCCUCGAUUUCAACCUAAAGUCUCACAUGAAGACACAUUCACAUGAGAACUAUCAUGUCUGCAAAUACCCAGAUUGUGGAAAGAGAUAUGCUCAUGAAUACAAGCUGAAAAAUCACAUUGCAGCACACCAUGAAAAGAAUGGGUCUGUGGAUCCGAAUGGGACAAAGUACAAUACACCACCUACAGAGAAGCCAACAAAAUCUACAAAACCUUCUGGUGGGGCUUAUGCUUCUGCAUCAUCUGAUCGCCCUUUCGUGUGUCCUUAUGAAGGGUGUGAAAAGGCCUAUAUCCAUGAAUAUAAACUUAAACUCCAUUUGAAGAGGGAGCAUCCUGGGCAUGGCGAUGAAAAUGUUGCAGAGAAUGCUCAGGCUAAUAACAAUGCUGACAAUGAAUUGGAUGAAGCGAGCGACCAAGAUGCCUAUGGUGGGAAACGAUCAAAUGGUAGAAUUCAGAAGCAAAGUAAGGCCAAACCAAACUUGAAGUUGCCUCCUUCGAAAAUUGCACGGCGCAAACCAUCGGCAACACCCUCUUCUGCGACCCCGAUGAAGGUGAUUAAGAAACCUUGGCCAGUGAAGGAAGAAAACUUUGAGGAAGAAGACAGUGAAGAAACAGAGGAGGAUCGGGACAACGUUGAAGAUGGAUGGAGAUAUGCAGGAAACAACGAGGAUGAUGAUGAAGAAACAGAAUAUGAAGACUGAAUUUAGGUGUCUUGUGUGAAACAUUUUUUGUUUUUUUUCAUUUUCAUUUUUACCUUUCUCAGUUUCACUAUUUUAAUCUAUUGUUACACCCAGAAUAUUUUUGGAUGAAUAUUAUAAAUAUAGUUUCACUGUUGAUACCAGAA